AUGUGUCCAAGGCUGUCCAAGCAGAAUAUCAACAUCUCUACCUCGGAGGUGUGGCAUUUCGAUGACCGCUCCGAGAACAUCGUGGGCUUCAGAGGAACAGGAAUGAAUGCCCGACAAGUCUCCUGUGCCACAAGGGACCAGCACGAAGGCAUUGGUGUUUGCGGAGGUGUCCCGCAGGCCCCGCACUUGCCUAGCCUGGCAACGAUGCGACCAGGGUCGAAAUUACCCUCAUUGGAAGCUACUGAGGCAGAGGACUCUGAUGGCCGUGCAUGGAGUGAACACUCCUUGGGGGCUACGGCCAUGGAGUCGGAGCUUCAACAGAUUGCUGCCCAGCGGGAGAAACUAGGCGACAUGCUAUCGACACAGGAGGUCUUGGCUCAACAGGUGAACGGCGACCAGGGCGGUGCUGUCCCUGAAGUACAGGCUGCCCCGGUGUCAGUGGUAAGAGCGAAGGUUCGCAGGGUGAAAGAUUUGCUUCGCAGGAGGAACCGCUCUGAGGUCAGCUAUGACAGGGCCUUGCCGCAACUGGGAGUUCCAAUUCCCGACAGGGAGCUUAAGCCUACCCGUGACUGGAAGGAAAGACCCGCCCGCAAAGCAGCCGCACGAGUGGACUACGUUGGCCUCCGAGGCAGAUUGAGGGCAAGAAGCCGCGGAGGUGGUUGA